AUGUGUAGGCUGGCUGUGAUGGCUGCAACAAAGGGGGCUUGCUCUGCUGCUUCUGCUGCUUCUGCUUCUGCUGCUGCUGCUGCUGCUGCUGCUGCUUCCUCCAAAGACAGGGUGGGUUCGCUUGAGGCCUCACUGGGGACAGCAGCAGCAGCAGCAGCAGCAGCAGCAGCCCCCUGUCUGGGGGCCCCUUUCUCAGCUGAGGAUUUUGCUGACUCCCCGCAGGGCCACUCCCCGUUUGCUGCUGCUGGGCGCAGCCGCAGCAGCAGCAGCAGCAGCAGCAGCAGCAGCAUAAGUAACAGCAGCAGCGACAGCGACUCAUAUGAAGAUGAUGAUAAAAACUACACUGCGGGGAGGAGACAGCCAAGAAACACCUCUCACAGCCCCAGAGGCGGCUGCAUGCGCGGCAUCGAGACCCCAGCAGCAGCAGCAGCAGCAGCAGCAGCAGCAGCAGCAGCAGCAGCAGCAAGAGGACGAACAGCUCCUGGUGUGGGAGGACGUGUAUUUCGGCGUCACACAGUAUACGACCCCCCUGGUGCUGCAGCAGCUGGAGGUUCUGCUUCUGCUCCUUCAUCAUCAUCAGCAGCAGCAGCAGCAGCAGCAGCAGCAGCAGCAGAGAGACACCUGUGGGCCUCAGACCUGCGGGUGGUUUGGUGCUUCCAUGGGCCCCCAGCAGCUGUACAUACAACAGCAACAUCGACGAGCAUCACCUCAGAGAUAAUCCGCGGCAACUCGCGCUGCUUGCCUUUUUCUAAGAGCCGCUCUCUGCUGCUGUCCCCGCAGCAGCAGCAGCAGCAGCAGCAGCAGCAGGGACAGCAGCAGCAGCAGGGACAGCAGCAGCAGCAGGGUCAAGGAUCUAUGGGUUCGGGUGCAGACAGCAGCAGCAAGGGAGAGGUAGAGGAGUGUCAUUUGGUGCAGCGUCCUUUGCUGCAGUUGCUGCCUCCUGCAUUGCUGCAGCAGCUGCAGCAAGCCAGCAGCAGCAGCAGCGGGGGAGCUGGGGGUUUUGUACUUGUAGACUUUCUGAACGAUCUCAGCAGCAAAUUCGGUCUCUCUCUAGCUGACCCGCAUGCAGCUGAUGGGGCUGAAGCUAGCUGCGGCUUCUCCCUCAUCAGGCCUGACGGCUACCUCGCCCACUGCGGCAGAGUGGGCGACACCAAGGCAGAGCGCGGGCUGCUGGAGUACCUCGUCAGCCCCGGUCCUCCUGCUCCUGCUGUGGCUGCUGCUGCUGCUGGUGGCGGUGGUGGUGGUGGUGGUGGUGGUGGUGGUGCACCGGCAGGUCGAUCUGCUGCUAGAGAUGCAGCAGAGGCAGCAGCUUCAGCACCUGCUGCAGCGGGAACAGCAGCAACAGCUGCUGCUGCUGCAGCAGAAACAGCAGCAAUCAAUGCUGCAGCAGAUGCAGCAGCACUCGCUGAUGCUGCAGCACAGCUGGAAGCAGCUGCUGCUCCGCUUGGGCUGCAGCACGAAGAAACAGCAGCAGCAGCAGCAGGCAGCAGAGCUAAGAAGCCGCAGCAACAAGCAGCACCAGAUGCUGUUUUUGUUUAUAUGCUGAAAUGCAGAAGAAGGUAUGAGAGCAUGCAGUUGCUGCUGCUGCUGCUGCAGCAGCAGCAGCAACUCGACAGCGUCCCCAGAGGCGCCCUCGUGCAGCGGGGGUCGCCGUGA